AUGAAGAUCACCACAUCCCACGCUGCCCUCGGCACGGCCAUUGCUCUGCUCGCAGCUGAGGCCUCGGCCGCGCUCGCUCACAGGCACCACAACCACUUCGACCUUCACAAGAAGCAUGCCCACAACCACCUCGAGGCUCGCGCCGCCAAGCCCAACGACACCGGUGAUGUCUCAGUCGCCGAGCUUGUCGCGCGCGACCUGACCUGCGCCUUCCCGACCAACAAAGGCGCCGUCGCUGUCACACCUGGUUCUCUGAAUGCCGGCUGGGCCAUGGCUCCCGAUAAGGCCUGUACUCGUGGCAAGUGGUGCCCUUUUGCAUGCCCGCCUGGUCAGGUUAUGGCCCAGUGGAAGCCCAACACGAAAUACGCGUACCCAGAGUCAACUUUUGGCGGAAUCUACUGCGACGAUGACGGCAACCUGCAGGAAGGUUUCAAGGGCCAGCCCUGGUGUGUGGACGGCACUGGCGCUAUCGAGGCUGUCAAUGAUGCGGGCGCCGUUGUGGCAUUUUGCCAGACCGUGCUGCCUGGUGAUGAGGAUAUGCUUAUCGCCACCGAGGUGUUCGACCGUGCCACUCUCGCUGUACCUGGCAUCAGUUACUGGGACAAGACCUCCGCGCACUACUACGUCAAUGCGCCGGGCGUUACUGCCGCCGAGGGUUGCCUGUGGGGUACCAUCACAAAGCCUGUUGGCAACUGGGCUCCUUACGUCGCUGGUGCCAACACGGACGCCAACGGCAACACCUUUGUCAAGCUUGGGUUCAACCCAGAAUGGACCCGCGCACCCGCGCUCGUCUCCAACAAGCCCACUUAUGCCAUGGACAUCAAGUGUGCUGAUGGUGGUUGCAACGGCCUUCCCUGCGGAAUCAGCCCUGACGGCAUCAAUGGCUCGGGCGGCGCCCACGAGUCCGACUUCUGCGUCGUGACUGUUCCCAAGGGUUCCAAGGCCCAGAUUGUCGUCAGCAGCUUGAACGGUGGAGGCGGUCCUGCUGACGGAUCAAAUGACACUACGUCUUCUGUGCCUUCCAGCUACCCAACUCAGACGCCGGAGCCGGAGCCGCAGCCGACCCCAACACCAACUACUUCUUCGUCCAUCGUUGAGCCGACCACUUCCUCGGUACCGACCACCUCAUCGGUUGCCACUACCAGCUCCGUGGUGUCCACAACAUCGUCACAAUCCGCGCCUGUCUACAGCUUUGCCGGUAUCUUCCAGGAGAACGGCACCUACCACAGCUCACCCUACCAGAGCACAACCACGACUUCCAGUGGUCCCACGCAGAUCAGCAGCACACCAACAGAGACCAAGCCCAACGACGGCGCGGGCACCUACCAAGGCAACGGCGCCAUGGCUGGUCUUGUCGUCGCUCUGGUCGCCGCUGGUAUCCUGCUUUGA